CUAAAGUGGAUGCGAUCAUUCGGGAAAACAUUAGGCAAUGGAGAAACACUCUUCUUCGAUGAGACGGCCACCAUCAAACUGCCCCAACAACAAGCAAUCGAAAACAAACAGUAUAUCCUCAUCAAUUAAAGGCAAAACCUGCCCUAUCUGUCUUUCUCUAAUCUCCGGCCACCGCCCCGCCGUCAUCACAGCCUGUUUCCACGCCUACUGCCUCCGCUGCCUCCUCCGUUGGUCUAACUACAAACGGAACUGCCCUCUUUGCAACUCCCACUUCGACUCCUACCUCUCCCCCUCAUCUCCUUCAUCCUCUUCUUUCCACAACCACCGCCUGCUCCCUCUCUCCCUCCGCCGUUCUCCUGAUCCUCCUCGCCCCCAACGCCGCCAUGCCGCGGUGGUCCAAAGGUUACUUAGGAGGAGAAGAGAUGAAAUUCAUGCAGUGAAUCGGCAGUCCAGGCCGGUUCCACGGCGACGGUCGUUUGGUCUGGUAGACUCUGCUCCAUCGGAGGUUGUCACAGAAAGGAUUCUUCAAUGGCGUGCCAGCAUAUACAAGCAUGGUAUAUCAGCCGUUCCGUUUUCUGGCAGGAAUCUUCAGAAGCUGAACAUGUCAGUGAGUCGAGAAAGUAUACUACAUAGGAUAGAACCAUGGAUCCAAAGGGAGUUGCAAGCUAUACUUGAGGACCCUGAUCCAACCAUUAUUGUUCACGUGGCUACGUCAUUGUAUCUUUCAAGCAUUGAAAAGAAGACUGAAGCCCUUUCAACAUCAUCAGCUGAUCAUAAAGAUGCCUUUCUUGCCCCGUUACGACCAUUUUUGCAUGAAUUGACAGAUGCUUUCUGGCAUGAGCUUAGAUGCUUUGCAGAAAGCUGUUUUACGGUUGAUACGUAUGAUGAGGUAGUUGAGUACAACAAAAGAAAAUAGGAAUUGGAAGUGAUUUGCACAUUGCAAGCACAAGUGCUAACAUUGGGCAUCGAGUUAUCAAUUACCAGUUUGGUGGUGUAUCUGCUACAUCUUCAUUUCAUGCCAUGAGAUGUAAUUGAAAAUUCUGAAAGUGAGAUGAUCUGGCAAAUGCUUCAUAUGUGGGGUUGUGUGUAUUCUUGGUCUUCUUCAUCAUCCUUGUGUUCCAUUUUGGCAAUGCUGAGACAGGCUGGAUGUUGUAGAUCUCGUCGCUUCUCGGAAUUUUGGAGUCAGAAGUUACAUUACUAUUGGCGUUUUGCACAUAAAGCACUGUUUGGUUAGGAGUUGUUAGCGGUUAGCUGGUUUUGACUAGCUGUUAGUUGUUUGUAUUAGUUGGUUUGACUAGCUGGUUGAAUUAACUGUUUGAGUAAAAGUGUUUCGUAAAUUAGUUAUUAGUGGUUAGUUGUUUAAUAAGUAAAAUGACCAUUAAGGACAUUGGCAUACUUUAUUGUUUGAUAUUUUGUUUCUUAUUAAUACUAGAUAAAUCGUUUAUUA